UCAAAUUUUAUUUUCAGCACUUCACAUCUCAGAGUUCUUAUACAAGUUUUAAAACAAUCAGUCAUGGUGAUAUUAUCUAAAAGAAAUGCUAUUCUGUUUCAAUUUUCAGAUUCUUCUGUCAUGGAUCAAGCAGUUAACGAGAAUGAAGAACUACAGUUAAGAAAAUGUAGAAAAAGGAAAAAGAGAUCUCAAUCAGACGUGGAUAUACUUCAGUUGAUGUCAACUAUCAAUGUGAGAGUUUGCUUUCUAGCACAUUGUCUAGUUUCACAAAUUCAACGUCCCAUUAAGAAGCCAACCACAAGACUUGGAAAUGAAUAUAUACAAAAUGUUUUAACUGAAGAUCCAGAACAUUUUCGAGGUUUAUAUCGUAUGUAUCCAGAUGUUUUUUUGGAUUUGUGCAUUCUUAUCCGAGAAAAAACAUCUUUAAGAGAUACAAGAUGGAUUUCCGUUGAAGAAAUGCUUGCCACAUUUUUGCUCAUUGUUGGCCAGAGCACGAGAUAUAUUCUUCCUCGAGAUGUGUUCAAGAGAUCAAGUUUCGCAAUAAGUCAGAGCUUUAAUAAAAUCUUAAGGGCGAUAAACAGCAUUGGUCCAAGUUUGAUGUCUAAACCAGGGAAUGGUGUGCCUUCAAAUAUAAGAGAAAGCACAAGAUUUUAUCCAUACUUUAAGGAUUGUAUUGGAGCUAUUGAUGGAACACAUAUUCCUGCUAUGGUAGUAGGAAAUGAAGCUGCUAGUUAUCGAAACAGAAAAGGAAUCUUAUCUCAGAAUGUUUUAGCUGCAUGCAAUUUCGAUUUGCAAUUCAUAUAUGUCCUUACUGGUUGGGAAGGUUCAGCUCAUGAUGCAAAAGUUUUAAGUGAUGCUUUAACGAGAAGUAACAAUAAAUUUGAAGUCCCCGAAGGUACAUACCUUAUUCCAUACGAAAAGAUGUUAUGUAUGCUUAAGAUACAUUAUUUUAUUUACAGUCUUGUAUCUUUCUAAUUAUACUGUACUUUAUAAUAUUUCAGGAAAAUUUUAUCUGGCUGACUGUGGAUAUGCCAACCGGAAAAAUUUCCUAACUCCAUUUCGAAGUACACGAUAUCAUCUCAAGGAAUUUACGGGAGGAGAUAGUGAUCCCAGAAAUAAAGAAGAAAUGUUCAACCACCGCCAUGCUUGUUUAAGAAACGUCAUCGAAAGGAUCUUUGGUAUUUUCAAAUCAAGAUUUCUGAUAUUUAAAUCUGCACCUUCUUUUCCAUAUAAGACACAAGCAGAAUUAGUACUUGCAUGUGCUGCAUUGCAUAACUAUCUCCGCCAGAAUUGCCGUUCAGAUGAAUUUCCUCCGGAAGAGAUUUCUGAUGAACAAAGUGCUACCCAACCAAAUACUAGUGGUUCUCAAUUUCCUGGCACACAAGAACAACAAAGAGAACUUGCUAAUGAAUGGAGAGAAACAAUUGCUUCAAAUAUGUGGAAUGCUGCUAUUAUUAGUGGAUCUCAACGGUGAUAUGCGCAUAAAGUAAGGUAUAAAUCUUUCUUUAUAUAAAUAUUUAUGGUUGACAAUGACAUUGAUAAAUUACAAUGGUUACUUGGUUGAUAUGUGUGAGAUGAUUUAUUGCAUUAUUGGCAGGAUUUAUUAGGAAGACACUCACAAUGAAGCUAAGUUCGAAGCGAAAUAGUUUGUAAAAUUUUAUUUUGGAUUUUUAGAAAAAUAAGAAAUGAACUUUUGUUUGAAUUCUUCAUUUUAUUAAAAGAACGUUUCAAAUUUUUCAUCA